GUCUACACUUAUGCCGAGUUAUACGUCGACGGCCCUUUCUGUAAUCGAAGCGACUACGCCCGCACCAAAAGACAUCCAUCAUUUUUUUUGUUGUCAUCAAAUCGUUCGGCCGUCGCGGACUCGGGA